CCGAGGAAGAACGCUAGCUAUAUACUGGAGCUAAAAUUAGGGACGGGUAGUGCGUAUUUCCUUUGCUUCGUACAAUUGGUCCAGCUUCACUGUCGUGAUAUUUAUAAGAUAGCUUCUCCUACCAAUCAAACUUAUACCUACGUUUAAAAGCUUACUGUUUAGCAACAGAGACCAAGUUGUAGUUCACUACAACGACAGCUCCGUCAGGGAUCACCAGUGGUCCCAAAUCUUACCUUUUCAAGUAGAGCAGGCUUGAAAAGUAAGACGGUUGUUUGACAGCGGAACGGCUGGAGAUGGCUCUGAGCGGGACCAUUCUACCAUCAAUUUCAACUUUUUCAGCACAGAAGGAAAAAUGCUGGGAAAACAGGUGGAAGGAUGACUUGGACAGGUCAAUGCAUUCUAGUUGCUUAGUUGACAUAUCACAGAACAUGGAUAGCAUUGGAAGACACGACGACGAGGAUCUCGACAAGUAUCUGGAUCUGGAGUUUAUUCUCGCAAACACCGCGGCAUCUGACAUCUCGCUGUCUGGACUGGGCUUGGGAAGCGACUAGAUGCAAGAAUCCAGAAACAUGUACAGUCCAUCGGUCCCUUCAACGACGUACCCUGUUUCCGACCUGAACGCGUCGACCCCAUCGUAUACCACCAGCCUCAUGGCGGAGCUUCUGCGGUCCGAGGUGGACACGUAUUGCCAGCCUGCUCCCACCGGCAGCAUUCAGGGACGAUUCCUCGUCCGGUCGACAUUCCCCAGCGAGGACCUUUCUGACAAUAUCAAAGUGGAGCCAUGCAUGGACAGUUACGGACCCGUUAUGGGAAUGGUGCCUAAGAUCAAACAAGAAGGCAGCGGCGCGUGCAUGAGGUCUUACGAGCAGCCGCUUCUGGCUCACUCUCCGCAAGGACCCGGCAGCAUGACCCCCCCGCUGAGCCCGGCGGAGAUGAUUAACGCAGAUUGUCAGAGUCAGAUAUGUCGUUCUUUGCCGUUUCCACCGAGCUAUCACGCCAACGCGGGAUACCCCCAUGCGCGCCCACAGCAUCCCCCUCCGCAGAUGCAGCUGCCAUACCCAAGCGCGCGUCACUUCAACAUGUGCGACGAUGGCAUCACGAUGCCAAAUACUAGCCAGAGAGUACUGCUCACCCCGCCGUCAUCCCCUUUGGAGCUGGACGCCAAACCCAAGAGGGGACGCCGCACCUGGCCAAGAAAACGGACAGCAACUCACACUUGCACAUAUACAGGAUGUGGCAAGACUUAUACCAAGAGUUCACACUUGAAGGCGCACCAGAGAACACACACAGGUGAGAAACCUUACCAUUGCAGCUGGGAGGGUUGCGGUUGGAAGUUUGCCCGGUCCGAUGAACUGACCCGCCACUUUCGCAAGCACACCGGACACCGACCUUUCCAGUGCCACCUCUGUGAACGCGCCUUCUCCAGGUCUGACCACCUUGCGCUGCAUAUGAAGCGUCAUAUGUAGGAAUGGACCUUUCACGGACUAAACGCAAUGAGCAGCGAACAUCAAGAGAAAGGCUGGGACCAAACAGCCUUUCCCUUAUCGCAUCUAUUCAGUAUUUUUAUGAUAGAUUACAAGUCAUAACAGGAGCAGACUGGACAUCGUGCAGAUCCUUUUUUCUCCAAUUAGUAGCUGGUACUACUUUUUAUAGACAAAUAUUUUUCAAUGAGCUUUUACGUGCAAAAUCAUGUGCACAUCGUUAGGCUGGACCUAGACCUCUGACGCAACUGGAACCAAUCAGUAAAAACACGGAUUUAAUGUGUGCUUUAAUUGUCACGAUAGUGCCUUUUACCAAUAUGUAGGUUGUACAUCUCACAAGUGGCAUACAUCAGUUUUGCAUAUUUUUUAUGUAUGCAACUGUUUCCAAAAAAAGAAAAGGAAAAAAAGAAAAGCUUUUAGACAAUGUUUUU